AUGGCUACGCCCAAAGAUGGAAAGAAACACAUCACCCUCCUCGGCGCGGGGAUAAUAUCCCUCCAGACUGCCCUUUCACUCCUCACCUCUACAACAUCCCAGAACUGCACUAUAACCAUCAUCGCAUCCCACCUUCCAGGUGACCUCUCGCUCGAUUACACAUCCCCCCGCGCCGGCGGGAUCUGGCGCACCUUCGCCACAUCUCGGCCGGAAGAUGCUGAACUCAGACAAUUCGACAGGCGGACAUACAACGCCUGGAUGGAAUUACUCGAGCAGGGCGACGGCACGGUAGGAACUGAGAACGAAAGUAAAGACGAGAGAGUGAAGAGGGUCGGGCUUGGUAUCAAGGAGUGUGUAAAUUUUUGGGGCCACGAGACCGAGGAGACGCAAGGAGGAGGAAAGAGGCUUUGGUGGGCGGGGGAAAAUGGCGUGGUGAGAGACUUUGAAGUUCUUGAUAUUAGUGACGAUGAGAAAGCACGUGGGAUACAUUUUGGUGUCAGAUAUAAGACUAUCAGCAUCAAUGUCCCGCGCUAUCUAUAUUACGUUUUCGAGCGUGUGAGAGCUUUGGGAGUCAGGAUAAUCAAGGCUGAUGUCGACAUGAGCUAUGGUCUUGAGGGUGUGGUGAAGGGUGUCGGGCGUAUCCUCGAGCAACACAACCUCCCUGAGCCAUUUGCUCUUAUCAACUGCACGGCACUCUCUGCUCGCCACUUCCUCCCUUCUCCCGAGAAGGAUAAUAUUUUCCCCGUCCGUGGACAGACGAUCCUUGUUCGAGGAGAAUCUCAUCAGGGACGUACGUUCACAGAUUUUGGUAUUGACGAUGAACUUGCAUAUGUCAUCCCACGUCCGGGCUCUGGGAGUACGAUCUUAGGGGGCUGCAAGCAGAUUGGAAAUUGGAGCCCUGAUAUGGAUGAGGUGUUAAAUGAGAGGAUUCUGGAGAGGAUCAAGAAGGGGAAGCUGGCAGAAGAGUUGAGGACUGGUCCGAAUGGCGAGUUUGAGGUUUUGAGUAAGCAGGUUGGGUUUAGGCCUGGGAGGAAGGGUGGUCCCCGUGUUGAGGUUGAGGAUGUGAAGAAGGAGGGUGUUUGGGUAGUGCAUAGCUAUGGUCACUCUGGGGGUGGUUACCAGAAUAGUAUAGGGUGUGCGGAGCAGGUGGUGAAACUUGUAAAUGGGUUGCCUGGUAUCGAUAGCUAA